AUGGAGAGCUUCGUCUUUCCCCCUUUCGGCUCGUUCCAGAGCUUCAGGGGCGGCCUGCCACCCAACCGCAGCGGAGAGUCGACACCGAAGCAGCCGAGCUGGAAGCAGAACAAGAGCAGCGGCCUCGGCCCCUUCCCUGUGGGGCCGCCCACCCCGGUGUCGGCCGACUACCUGGACAGCUGCCGCCGGGCGCAGCUCAAGGCGCUCCUGUCGCAGGUGAGCCCGGGGCUGACGCCGCGGCUGCGCCGGGCCAACACCAAGGAGGUGGGCGUGCAGGUGAACCCGCGGGCCGACGCCGCCGUGCAGUGCUCGCUGGGGCCGCGCACGCUGCCCGCCGGCCGCCCUCUCACCCCCGCCGCCGCCCGCGCCCGGGGACGCCUCGCGCUCUACUCGCCCUUGCUGAACCCCCGCCUCUUUACGCUGCCCGAGGCCGCAGCGCACCGAGAGGAGGAAGCGGCGGCUCCGGCCGCCCCCGAGGAGCAGAAGGCGGAGGGCGGUAGCGACGAGCAGCGGGACGGCCCGGUGGAGCCUGCGGAGGCUGCGGCUUCGAGCGAGGUGCCGCGGGAGCAGAGUGCCGCCCCUGGGCGCCGGUCCGCCUUCCAGUUCUUGGAGCAGAAGUACGGCUAUUUCCACUGCAAGGACUGCAAGACCAGAUGGGAGAGUGCUUACGUGUGGUGCAUCUCUGGGACUAACAAGGUGUACUUCAAGCAGCUCUGCCGCAAAUGCCAGAAGGGCUUCAAUCCCUAUCGCGUGGAGGCAAUCCAGUGCCAGACCUGCUUCAAGACUCGCUGCACCUGCCCUCAGAAGAAAAGGCACAUUGAUCUCACGAGACCUCAUCGCCAAGAACUCUGUGGCCGCUGCAAAGGCAAGAGGCUGUCCUGUGAUAACACCUACAGCUUCAAGUACAUUGUCUGAUUUGCCUGCCCUCCACCAGUUUGUGCUCUGCGUGUUGUCUGUCUUUUGUGAUGUUUUGACCUUAGGCUUUUGACCUGGCAUUGGAUA